CUCGCGUGCCCUCGCCCGCCUCUAGCAGCCCGCGGCCCGCGCCCCCCGGUGUCCCGCGGCUGACCCGCGCGGGAUGUGACCCCUCCCCCCUGCCCCCCGGGGCCCCGCCUUAGCCUGCUUUUGGAGGGGGGGGUGGGGAGGGGCGCGCGGAUCAUGGCAUUGGAGUUCCCGGGCUCGCCGCCGCCGCCGCCGCCUCUUCCACGCACCCCGAGCGCCCCUUCUUCCCGAAGCAGCUGCGGAGAAGGCGAAGCGGCCGGCGGGGGCGAGGCCGAUGGGGCUCAAGGCGCGCAGGGCGGCGGGGGCGGCUGGCGGCGGCGGCGACGGGGGCGACGGCGGCGGCGGCGGGGCCCCUAACCCUGCCGGAGGGGACGCGGCGGCGGCGGCGGGCGACGAGGAGCGGAAAGUGGGGCUGGCGCCGGGCGACGUGGAGCAAGUCACCUUGGCGCUCGGGGCCGGAGCUGACAAAGACGGGACCCUGCUGCUGGAGGGCGGCGGCCGCGACGAGGGGCUGCGGAGGACCCCGCAGGGCAUCGGGCUCCUGGCCAAGACCCCCCUGAGCCGCCCUGUCAAGAGGAACAACGCCAAGUACCGACGCAUCCAAACUUUGAUCUACGACGCCCUCGAGAGACCGCGGGGCUGGGCGCUGCUCUACCACGCUCUCGUGUUCCUGAUUGUCCUUGGGUGCUUGAUUCUGGCCGUCCUGACCACCUUCAGGGAGUACGAGACUGUUUCGGGAGACUGGCUUCUGCUGCUGGAAACAUUUGCUAUUUUCAUCUUCGGAGCCGAGUUUGCUUUGAGGAUCUGGGCUGCUGGGUGUUGCUGCCGAUACAAAGGCUGGCGGGGACGACUGAAGUUUGCCAGGAAGCCCUUGUGCAUGUUGGACAUCUUCGUGCUGAUUGCCUCUGUGCCGGUGGUUGCCGUGGGAAACCAGGGCAAUGUCCUGGCCACGUCCCUGCGGAGCCUGCGCUUCCUGCAGAUACUGCGGAUGCUUCGCAUGGACCGGAGGGGCGGCACCUGGAAGCUCCUGGGCUCGGCCAUCUGCGCCCACAGCAAAGAGCUCAUCACCGCCUGGUACAUCGGGUUCCUGACACUCAUCCUUUCUUCAUUUCUCGUCUACCUGGUUGAGAAGGACGUGCCGGAGGUGGAUGCCCAAGGAGAAGAGAUGAAAGAGGAGUUUGAGACCUACGCAGAUGCCCUUUGGUGGGGUCUGAUCACACUGGCCACCAUUGGCUAUGGAGACAAGACGCCCAAAACGUGGGAAGGCCGUCUGAUCGCAGCCACCUUUUCCUUAAUCGGCGUCUCCUUUUUCGCCCUUCCAGCGGGCAUCCUGGGGUCCGGGCUGGCGCUCAAGGUGCAGGAGCAACACCGUCAGAAGCACUUUGAGAAAAGGAGGAAGCCCGCUGCUGAGCUCAUCCAGGCCGCCUGGAGGUACUAUGCUACCAACCCCAACAGGAUUGAUCUUGUGGCGACAUGGAGGUUCUAUGAGUCAGUCGUCUCUUUUCCGUUCUUCAGGAAGGAACAGCUGGACGCAGCAGCCAGCCAAAAGCUGGGUCUCUUGGAUCGGGUUCGCCUUUCUAAUCCUCGUGGUAGCAAUACUAAAGGAAAGCUAUUUACCCCUCUGAAUGUAGAUGCCAUAGAAGAAAGUCCUUCUAAAGAACCAAAGCCUGUUGGCUCAAACAAUAAAGAGCGUUUCCGCACCGCCUUCCGCAUGAAAGCAUACGCUUUCUGGCAGAGCUCUGAAGAUGCCGGGACGGCCGACCCCAUAGCGGAGGACAGGGGCUACGGGAAUGACUUCCUCAUCGAAGACAUGAUCCCCACCCUGAAGGCCGCCAUCCGAGCCGUCAGAAUUCUACAAUUCCGUCUCUAUAAAAAAAAAUUCAAGGAGACUUUGAGGCCUUAUGACGUGAAGGAUGUGAUUGAGCAGUAUUCCGCCGGACAUCUUGACAUGCUUUCCAGGAUAAAGUACCUUCAGACGAGAAUAGAUAUGAUUUUCACCCCUGGACCUCCGUCUACUCCAAAACAUAAGAAGUCUCAGAAAGCAUUCACCUACCCAUCCCAGCAAUCUCCCAGGAAUGAACCGUACGUGGCCAGACCGUCCACAUCCGAAGCUGAAGACCAGAGCAUGAUGGGGAAGUUUGUGAAAGUCGAGAGGCAGGUUCGCGACAUGGGGAAGAAGCUGGACUUCCUGGUGGACAUGCAUAUGCAGCACAUGGAGCGGCUGCAGGUGCACGUCACCGACUUCUGCCCGACCAAGGGGACCUCUUCGCCAGCUGAGGCAGAGAAGAGAGAGGACCACCGGGAAGCGGAUUUGAAAACCAUCAUGUGUAACGACUCUGAGACCGGCGCCCCCAGCGCUCCCUACAGCAUCCACCAGGUGCCCAUUGACAGGGCCGGCCCCUACGGGGUUUUUGCCCACGACCCCGUGAACCUGUCCCGAGGGGCACCCAGUUCUGGAAAGGUUCACGCCACCCUUUCCUCCUCGGCGACCACCUAUGCGGAAAGGCCCACCGUCCUGCCUAUCUUGACUCUUCUCGACUCCCGAGGGAGCUACCACUCCCAGGCUGAACUGCACAGCCCCUGCUCGGACCGGGUCUCCCCCCAGCAGAGACGCAGCAUCACCCGGGACAGUGACACCCCCCUGUCCCUGAUGUCUGUCAACCACGAGGAGCUGGAACGCUCUCCAAGUGGCUUCAGCAUCUCCCAAGACAGAGACGAUUUUGUGUUUGGCCCGAGCGGGGGGUCAAGCUGGAUGAGGGAGAAACGGUACCUCGCCGAGGGUGAGACAGACACGGACACAGACCCCUUCACGCCCAGUGGCUCCAUGCCUUUGUCAUCCACGGGGGAUGGUAUUUCCGAUUCGAUAUGGACCCCUUCCAACAAGCCCACUUAAAAGGGGUCGUGGGCUGGCUCCUCCUUGUAAUGUAGACGGACCUUGUAUAGCUCGCUUGCUCUCACACCCGCCACGUACCUGUGAGAUCCCCAGUGGCUGCGUCAAACGCGUGCAUGUGCGUGGCAGCCCCGCCCGGGCUGGGGCUUCUCGUGGCCUUUCUCCCCCCCAGGUGGCCACAGUGAAGCCGCCUCCUCUCGAGCAUGGUUUGCAUGACGUCACACUAUGUAAAUGGCGCCGCUGGCCUCUUUAGGGUACACGUUUAGCCGCUCUUCGUACUUUGAAUCAUGACUGGACCAGUACAGGGAGAAACGACUGGGGAGCCGUGCGAUGUGUCUGUGUGGUCGUCUGGUUUGGGUUUUGGUUUUGGUUGGGUGAGCAGAGAAAGUCGUUUACGUUGCUUCUAGCGUCACUGCCCCUUUGUGUAAAACAGUCCAACAAUUAGCCGUUUUCUAAAGCAAGCAAAUCAUUCUCUCAACAAAAAUACAUUGCGUACCAGUGACGUCGCCUCCUGAGCUAAAAACGUGAGGGGAGGAACGAGACAGUCAUCACAUCUUCAAAACCAAGAAUUUAAAACAUUAUUAAGGAAAGCCUGGGAAAACCUUCCAAAAGCUCUCAAAGGAACCUCACUAAGUAAGUCUGUCAUUGUCAACUAUCACGCCCCGGUUUCCUCAUCUAUGAAGGGUGGUGGCAGGUGUAACGUGUUGGAUGAGUUGUGACUAGGCAGGGAGAAAACACACACACAUGCACAUUAAGAUAGUUCCCAAAUUACGUAGCCAAAGAUAACAGAAUUUAUCAGCAGUGGGGUGCCCCUCGGGGCAGGGGCUCAGUGCCUUCAAAAUGAGGUUCCAAUUCACAUUCUUCCCCGAGAUACUUGUAUAAAAUAUCCAUCUCAAAUAGGAACUAGAGUCAAGAGGGUGCACAGAGUUAUCCAGUCCACAUCCUUCCUUGUAAAAAUGAGAAAGCUUAGGCCCAGGUAAAGACAUAUGUCCAGGGCCACUCCAUUGUUCCCCAGAGACCUGAGACUCAAAGCCCGGUCAGCUGACUCACUCCAGGCCCUGGUCCCUCCUGCCAUGCCACUCUGCAGUUUACACAACAGGACGGAGAUGCCUGUACUCUGUUGUGUGGAAAGCACUCGUGACACUGUUUACCCAGCGGGAGGAGGAUGUCUGCUUUUAUUGCAAAACAUGUUUGUCGGAUGCUUUGCAUUUUGGAUCCAGAAAAAAGUAGUAAUACAAGUGAGCUACAACAUUCAUUAAUAUGCAACUAGACAAAAUUUCCACAACCAUCCAUUUUUCCUCCUCUAGAUUUUUUUGCGGUACGCGGGCCUCUCACUGCUGUGGCCUCUCCCGUUACGGAGCACAGGCUCCGGACGCGCAGGCUCAGCGGCCAUGGCUCACGGUCCCAGCCGCUCCGCGGCAUGUGGGAUCUUCCCGGACCGGGGCACGAACCUGCGUCCCCUGCAUCGGCAGGCGGACUCUCAACCACUGCGCCACCAGGGAAGCCCCCUCCUCUAGAUUUUUUAAACCACACAUAGCCAUAAGACUAGCUGAGCUCACUGUCCUGCUACAUAAGCAUUAAUAUGAAGCAGAAGCCAUCCUGCUAGGAGAUGUUGCUAUUCUCUGAAACACACUGAUGGAAAAGGUUUCCGUUAGGCUCGAGGUAAUUAGCUAAAUGACUACACUGCAGUGUUACUGUCUCACUCUUUUCAUACGUCUAAGCACACAUUGUGGAUGGUUACCUUGAUGACAGGAUGUUUGAAGUGGCCUACGCGAGUGUCUGCGUCCCACCGACGCUCUCCCUCGCAGUCUCGUCAAGAGCCAUAAUGGCUGCGGCAGACGUGAUGGUGGAUGGUUUCAUCGUUACCUAGUGCAGGGAUCUUGCACUAUAUCGGCGAGAGGAGCUCCUUCCUCAGAGAUUGGUUUCUUUCAACCUAUGUGUCAACAGGUACCAUGUGUAAGGCUCAGAGUACAGUAAUAAUGAAGGGUCAGCCCCUGACUUUAGGGACUUACAACCAAAGCCUGAAGUCCUUGGCUUUGUGAGGGGUAAAAAAGGAGUUUUACUUGGAGAGUCCCACGAAUGGAUGGGUGUUGGCUUUGAAGUCCGAGGUAGGAAAUACACAAGAGUGCGCACAUACAUCAGACGUGAAACCCCCUCCCCCAUGGUUUGCCGUUUGACUUUCUGGCUAUCUGAAGGGCAAAGGGCAUGUGAGCCUCCUGACCCCCUUCAGUAUGGCUGCAGUUGAUGACCUAAGAAACCUUAUGCCCCUUCCUUAGAGUUCGGUUCUUGAUUCUGACCUUCCUGGAAUCUUUUGUCAAAAAUGAUUGAGCCAUCUAACAUACCAAUUAUUUUUCUAACUUAUUAAUAUUCUUGCAGAACCUACUGGCCUCAGUAUCUUACAAAUAGAGGCAUUUUCCAAGAACUCAAUGGAGUUCCCAGCUGGAAGAGUGAGACUUUCUCAUCCUCAGGUUAAAAAUAGUUACCAUGGCUCCAAAGUUAGAGGAUUACCUUAGGUUCUUUUAGUAACUGAUGGGCAGGGAUUGGGUUUGUGUCGAUUCCAUACCUCCAAUGCAGUAUGUUGUCUUUAUCAGUGUAGACCAAGGCAAAUUACAUCGUCAUGAAUGAAUAAAUGAUAAGAAUCUUAAGAGCUGUUCUUUCCCAUCUAAGAAAACAAAAAAGAAAGAAAAAUCAUCUAGAAUAUUCUUUGAUAUUCCUUUAAAAAAAAAACACAUUCCAGAAAUGCAAACCAAACCUACUCAAGUUGCCUGCCCACAGACGACAUCAUCAACAUGGCUGGCAUUGAUGAAGUAGAAAUUCAGAGUCUGGGAUUAAACAUAAGUUAUUAGGAGAAACAGUGUGUGCUUCCACAAACCUCUUUUUGUCAAACAAAAAAAACAGCAUGAUGAAAUAAUCCAACAGAAUUGGUAAAUAACACAGCCCAAGAUUAUUCUACUUCAGAUAAACCAGUGGUUCUGAAGCUUGCCCAGGAAAUUGCAGUAGUUUCAGCAGAACUCCAUGAAAUAAUGGCAAAUGAAGGAUGACUUUCUCAAGGGAAACUAUGAUAUAUGUAUUCAGUCUCUGUGUCACAACAUGAUAUAUGCAAAAUUGAAGAGGUCGUCUUUUAGCAGGAUCAACAUUAAUGAGAUAAAUACACUUUCCAAAUGUUAGGUGACGGGGGAUCCUAUUGGGCUGAGAAGAAAAUACUUGAGAUCAAUUUUGAGUUUUGACUAUCAGAGACUAGCACACAAGCAAAUACUUAAAGUUUUUUUGUUUUUUUAAUUGUGAGAGGGAAAAAAAAAUCAAAUUGAGAAAGUUUAUUCACUAACUGUGUUUGUUCUGGAAACUGAGAGAUUAGACUUAUUAGACAUGGCAUUGACAUUAUAAAGCUCUAGUUGUCAUGAAAACAUAGCCAGAAAACCCCAAGGUAUAUACUGUACAUCAAAUGAGCUCAUUAAUCAACAGUAUGCAUUUAAUGCCUAUUUUGUGCAAGACAGUUCCUAGACACUGUAAGUUGAAAGAAUAAUUACUUACAGAAAAUGUUAACGUAACAGGAGCUACUCAAAACUAGCCAAGAUCAUUGUCAUAAUUCCAUACCACCCUAAUGAGCGUGAUAAAAACGUUCCUUUGGUUAUUCAUUUACAAGACUUAUUAAGCGCCACUGUCUUCUAGGCACGGCACAAUGCACCAGAAAUUCAGAGAUAAGAAAAAUACAGACUGCUGUCAAAAAGCUAGGAAUCUGGUGGCCUUGAAUUAUUAAAGGUCCCUUUAAAUUAUGUCUCCCAGAAGUGGAAAGAACCUGAUUUCAUCCCUGCAGACAACUAUACAGACAGGAAUGCUUCCUAGGCUGGAAUCAGUGAGAGACUGAACAUGGAAGAAAGUGAAAGCAAAACUUCUGCAUCAAAAUCGUAAUGACCCCAUCAGCUCCGGGAAGGCCGAUUGGAUUGUAGGGGGACUUUGAGUUUGCGUUCAAUGCUUUAGACAUUAUAGCUCCAGACAAGCUGUGGAAGAAGGAGUUUCUGGAGUAUCUGAGAAGGUUCUUGGAGAAAUCAGCUUUUUCUUCCUCUCCAAAUCCCUACCAUGAUUGAGACCAGGCAAGGAGCUGAGCUACUUCCAUUUCAUUGUGUUGACCAAGAGAAGCUUAUAGUAAAGACCAAUAUACAGCAUCUAUUUGAAGAGAAAAGUGUCACUCUGCUUCUGGAAACCUGCACAUCAGGUUCUCCUGGGGCAAGAGGAUAAAUGUGUCCAGUGUCCUAAGAAGCCAACAGCACUUUGGAAAGUGCACCCCAGGCUUCCUCCAGAAGAUGCCCCAUAGGUACUCUUCAUGUUCCUUGAAUACAUAUCCAGGGCACCUAGAACCCCAAGGAUUACCUUUGCUUUCUGAACCCUGGGCAUCCUGAGGAGUCUGCCCAUGUCCUCACUUGUCUUUGAAGGCUUGCUUGUUUCAGGAUGAACUUUUAAACAGACUGUAAGUCCUUUCUUUGUAUUCAAAUCAACCCAAAGUUCUUGUGUUACUGAUAUUACACUAUUUAAAACUGAGCCAACAGUCCCCUAAAUCAGGUAGCAGGUAUCACGAUGCCCAGGUCAGAACAUGUUAGGAACCAGCCUAUCUGCAUAGCUUUAGUGCUUUAGGAAACCAGUAAUGAAAAAUACCAAAGAGCUCGGAAGGAUAUAGAGAUGCCCUGGAUGAAAAUCUGACUUAUAUUCAAACGUCUUUGGCUUUUCUGAUGUGUUUUGAUUUUCAAAGACACAAUCUAUAUAGAUAAAGCCCCUACUACAAUGACUGCCAUAUCCGGGGUACUGUUAUUCGUGUUCUUUUUUUACAUCAUGUAUGGACGCCAUUGCCUGAGUCUUGGUAUUACUCAUGAACUCUAAAUUUACACUAGAAAAUCUUUUUCAGAAAAAGAGUGGUGAAGAUACAAUCCCAAUUUUUACACGACAAAAUCAGGCACUUUCACAAUUGCUAUUUAAAUAAGGACAUCUCUAGAAAUAGAAAUGCUUACUUUUUCCAUCAAAAUAAGGAAGAGCAGGAAUGUCGGAAUGAGGAGAGCAAGACUGUUGGGUCCCAGAGGUUGGGCUGUGGCAGUUCCAUGGGACACACUGUACCAGAUACUGCCCCGUUGUCUCGAAGGAUGAUGUGUAGGAGGUAAAGCCAGAUAGAAGGAAUAAUUAAAUAUAAAGAAAUGAGUGGUUUCAACGAGGAAAUUCAACCGUGCCAUGAUGUCUGUCAGACAAAUGCUAGCAAUGAGUGGAGAACUUCCAAGAAAGAGUUUAAGUCUGCUGAAACCCUCCUCAGGGGGAUUGGUUCCCAGCUUUGAACAGCCUCAACUCUGGCAUCCCUGCAGGAAACUGGGCUUUAUUAUCAUAGACACAGGGAGGUAUAAUUUCAUAGAUUCUUAGAUGCUCAGAGCAAGAAGAGACCUUAAUUACCCAGACCACCUCUCUUUUUAUAUCAGGAAGCAGAGGCUCAGAGCAAAGGGAGUCACACUUAGUCGAUCAGCGAUUAAAUGAGUGACUGUGUAGCAGAAUCUAGAACUCAGGUCUCCUAACUCCUGGACCAGAUGUUGGAGAUCAAAAACUAAAAUACCCAGUGAGAAUAAAGUAUUUCUGUUGAGCCCAGGAGAUGAGAGAGAACUUCCUGGUCCACUGGAGAAACUGCGAAACCAGACACAUGUGUCGGGACAUCUUCCCAUCUCUGGAAUAUGAUUGAUGAUCCCAUGCCUUGAAAGAUGACAUCGCUCUUUCUUCCAAAAUCCUGCUGUGUUCCAAAGCUGCAGACAUGCCACUGCUGCCGUGUGUGGUUGAGAAAAGGAAUGAAGAAGAGCACUCCUCCCCUCCGCUCCCCUGACCUCUCCCCCAAGCUUAGACUGGUUCAGUUCUUUGGUCCAUCGCUUGGACUCAUUCAGCUCCAGAGUGAUGCCUCAGGUUAUAUCCUUACCUAUAAGCCAAGUUACCAGGAUUUCUCCUUGAAAAAAAUGUAUGGGCUUGAUUUUAGGAAAUGGGAUGUGAUUUCUUUGGGGAAGUAUAUGACCCCAAGUCAGCAGGUCUACUGAAGUUGUCCCUUUGCCCUGGGAUCUCUGGGUCCCACCUGGGCACAGCCUGACUCCUCCUGCUUUGUCCCAGAGAACGUCUGUCUUGGUCAUAUCACAGCCAGGUAUUCUAGUCUUCACCAAAAGCUACAAAGAAGCAAACAGGAUUCAACUGAAGAUAUCUUAUGUUCCUGUAACUAGAAAAUUAUUUUAGGAAGUCACCAGGCCUCCAUUGGCUCAAAUGAGGAUUUCCAUAGUUGGUUUCCACUUAUAUUGUGCUUGGGAUAGAUUUUCCAGAAUUUGGCAGGGCUCCUCUUAUUAAAGCUAGUAGCAGGAUGUUCAGUUCUCCUGAGUCAGGAGCUCCUAAGAGAUAGAAAGGUGGUCAAGUUCUUGGAUGGCAAUAGGUGACCCACUGACUUUAAUGACUGUCAUUCUGUCAGCCUUCACAUAGCACCGUUCUAAGGUUAAAAUAAGUGUCAGAGGGAAAUAAGUCAAAAAAUAAGGGUCUAUGUAAGAAUAACCUGAGUGUGACUUAUAAUUAAGCGGUCAAAAGCCUUGCCCAGGGGUUAGGAAUAUAUUUGCAAUUCCUCUUAGACUUGUCAGAUGGACUCUACAAUUUGUUGCCUGAGAGUAACGCAAAAUGAGAGCACGUUUCGCUUCAGUGUUCUAUUCUCUUCCUCUGUCCCCAAGACUGAGUUCAGGGAAGGGGAGGAGAAUUCACCCUAAGCUCUCUUUAUGGGCAGCAUGUGACGUCAUAGUUCUCUCUCUCGACUUCAUGCAAUCCUCAUCACAACCCCACUGAGGAGGUAUUACUGUUUCCAUCUUCUAGAAAGCUGAAGCUGAGAGGGAGAAGCCGUUAACCAAAACCCAUGUACCUCCAAAACCCAUUCUUCCUCCCCACCCCAAGUCUCCCAGGUCAAUAGAAAUGCUCCCAAAUCAUGCCUUGCGGGCUUCCACAAAGCCUUGCCCUCCCACACCCCAUCACCUUUAAGUAAAGUGAUUACAGUCCUGUUGGUUCCCUGGAGAGAAGAGUGAUUCUCGCAUUGACUGUUCCCCUUGCUAUUCGGCGGGUUCUGUCUGCUCCUUUGCGUGGUUUCAUGAUCCAGCUGUCGGCGGCAGACAAUCAUGCCACACAAAUCGUCCAUCUGGCUCAUGUUGGAAUCCAUCAGCUCCGGGAGUUUGGUGUGGCUACAGAUUAUCCCACAAGUGCCCCGUGUUCUUUGCCCCCAAGGAUUUCCUUUCAUUGUUUUAACAAAGCAAGUUCAAAUGUCCCUCCUGACUAGUCUUUUGUCUCUAGACUGUCCCUUUAUUUCAGAGCUCAGAGAUCCUGCAGAAACAGGUGAGUCCUCAAAAACAUCCUCUGGGAGGCCAAAGGCUCAGAACAGUUGUGUUUCUCUUUCUCGAUAUGAAAAGAUCAAGGUUCCCAGUGGAAGCCAACCUGAUCUGAUAAUUGGGCUCUUCUUUUCCCUCUGAAUCCUUUUCCAAGGGAGGGGAGCGCAGCUCCACCCUCCAAAGUUCCUGUGAUAGUUCAGAGUCCAGGUGGGAGGCCAAGUUCCAAGACUGGCAGCCACCUUGUUGUCGAGUGUCAGGCUUUGCUGUUGGAGAUGUGAGGUGGGCCCUGCCCCAUCUUGAAAACCCCCUUAGAAAGAUGCACCAACUUCACCAGAAUUGUCAAUCAUUCCCUGUUUUAAAGAGGAAGCUGCCUUCCACGUUGCUUCCAAUGGGUAUGGCUAUUCUUCUUUUUCUUUUUUCUCUUUGUGAUGUAGCAGUGAUGGAAAACACCAAUCUGAAGAGCAAACUGAGGCUUCCAGUGACAUGAAUCCGUUGUUUCUGAUUUUGGAUUGUACUUUCUUUAACCCCCUUUUACGGCAUAGAAUUCUGGUGCCUUGCCCCCUGAAUUUGCCUCCAUGCUACAGUAGGCUCUCUUCACGUUCUGGCUUACAUGGGAACACAACUCUUCCACAAGUGGCCUUUCGUGCUCUUUAUAAUAUGAUUUCCUGUAAUUUUUAAACUGUAUGUGUAAUUUAUAUUCUGGCUCUGUCCAAUAUUUGAACAACUUUAAUAAGUUGAUUUCCAUAUAUAUUAUGCAAACAAUUCUUACCUGAUUUUUUAUGUUCUAUCUUAAAACAAAUAAAUACCGCACCACUUAUUAAUAAAUAGACAUUUCAAUGAU